GUUUCAAAUGUAAGCGUUGCGUCUUUACUCAACUGGUAUUUUGGUAGUUGUCCCCUCAUACCAUUCUUAACUGAAUCAGGUUUUUAAUAAACAAUCUUGCCUAUUAUUUCAAUUUCAAUCAAAACAAACGUACCCAACACCAUAUUAUUUAAAUGUCUAAGUCAAAAGAUCCUUUAUUCUAUCCAAAUAUAACGUAUAAAUAGUCUUUUAUGCAUAUUUCUUUACAAAUCGAGUAGGACACUUGUCCUUUCUUGCAAAACUCAAUUCACUGGAGUGUUUUAAUAUUUGUGAGCUUUUGAAAUUUUGUGAAUUUAGAGUUCUCCACGUUAAGUAAUUGGUAUCUUUCGUAUACGUGUAUAGAUUUCCCACAGCCAAACCACCUAUUUAUUCGAACAAAAUGUUGUAAGUACGUGCAACUAUAGUGUUCGUUUCCGUUAUUUUCAAGCCGUGCUUCGUCAACGCUACAGAUUGGCUACUUCGCUUGUCACUAUGUUCCCAAUAGUUUUCAAACUUGACAGCAAAUACAAUUUCUAGGGUUUAAUAAUCACAUUUAGUCCCGCGUUCAGGUAGUUGAAAUAUUUCGCAGGGCUGUUGUAUUGUCAGGUCAUGCCUUUACGUUAGUCAGUAAUGUAUAUUAAUCCCUAAACUUUCUUUCAUUCUUCAAAAUGCAUAGCAAAUUUACUUCAGUAUUGGAGAUAUUGGAGAAAUUAUGUACAGUCACAUUCAAAUAUCAAUACAACAUUAACAAAAAUAUGACGUAGAGAAACGUUAUUUCAAACCAUUUAAUCUCUGGUUUGUUGAUGUAUAGUCCCUAAAUUUAAUACACAAAGAGAAAGGUCAAUCCUUAUUUCUCAGUUCGGUCUGUGACUUUCCUUCAGUCAACUGCAAUGCAUUUCGCAGACUCAAGCUAUUUUAAAUGAAUCCUGUUCAAUAACUUCCUGUGUAUUCCAUUUGUAUUUGGUUUUUGUGAUUUGCAAUGCUUUUUCCUCUACGAUUUGUGUUCAGUGACAGUGAUUCAGUUCACGAAUCAUAAGUGCUGUAAUCGAUGCAUAACUAAUUAAUUGGAUUACAGACAUUAUUCUUUCGGGAUUUUGACUAACAAAGCCUCCAUUCAAACUGGAUUUCUCACUAGUCAACGGAUCAGGGACAAACAGCAUAAUCGUCUCGUUCACCGUACUGAAUUCGGAGCUGAAAAAUAGUAGCUUGUUAUACAAAUGUAUAGGGGUUCGGACUUAUUCUGACUUGCAUAGCCAAAUAAAGUUAUUAGCAUGUAGAGAAGUAUGUGUCGUUCACAAUUGAGUGCAUAAACCUAUACUUUUGUAAACAAAUAGCAUGAGCUAAAAAUAUUCCUUUUGUAGCCCUCAACAGCUCAUAACUCAAGUCAAUUUUUUUUCGGCACAGCAGAUUUUCAGACGUUUUUCACUUAAUGAAUGUGACGAGUUACAAAAUAUCAUUGAUAUACAUUUUGUUUAUUAGUUGACUGAAAAAAAUCCGUGGGUGUUUUACAUCGAACUCAAUCGUGGUACAUACAUGGUGUCGCGUUCUGUAGAACUGAAUGUAAAAUUAUUAUACACUUUAAAGUUUCUAUUGUUUUCCCUGUUAGUGUAAAUAUUGGAGUUGCAACAAUCGCAGUAGAGUUUAUUCAUCAUGCAUUUCACUGGUAGUGUCGCAACACAAAUGAAUGUUAAUACUUUUUUGAUUGGUUUCAUUUGAACUACAAAAUCCGCUGCUUUACUCCCCAUGUUUUCGUUUUACGCUUCAUCUGUUUAUAGCUAUUGUGAAACCUAUCUCUUUUAGUUAAAAAACAAUCCACACCCAACAAAUGUUCAUUUCACCCAAGAAUUCAUUGAAUUUGUAUAUUCAAUAAUAAUUGUUAUGCUGUAGAAAAUGAGGUUGAUAUUUUCUUCCAUGUAUUGGAGAUUCUAAAGAUUUUCGUCUUGAAAAAAUGGAGGAUAAAAGUGGUAACUAUACGCCAGAAAAACUUCGCCAAAUAUUCAACUUUCCGUUUAAGGAAAGAGAAGUGAUUCAUUAUUUUUGUUUUCUUGUCAGUGGGAAGGAGUCACGUCCAGGUUGGAUGAUCCUAACUUUGAAUUACUUAUGCUUCUAUCCGAAUGUAUAUGGCACCAAAAUAUGCACACCUUGGAUUCACAUUACUUCUGUCUUUCAAUCACGAUUGUACAAAACUUGUGUACAGACACGCAAUCAGACGUAUCGCUUUGUUAUCCCAGCAGGUUCCGAUGAAGCACUCCAUAUGAUUUUGCAAUUGGCUAAUUAUGGUGUUAGACAGCUCUUGGUCGACGAUUGUUAUACGAGUUGGUCGCAGUUCGAUUUACAUUUAAAAAUUUUACUUACUCAGAACUCGUCCAAUUUAUUGAAUAAGUUGGAUGUACUAAUCCGUAGUCAACAUUUCCAAGAUUCGUUUCAUUUACCUGCAUAUGAAAUUAUAGAAACUUCUGUUGAUUGUAAACUGCAACGGUUGGAUAAUACUGAAACUAUUUCUGGGAAAAUGUUUUUGUCCCCUCAGUUUAUUUGUUAUUGUUCAUCGGGUGAGAGCACUAAGAUUAUUCUUCCUCUACGUGAAAUAAUUUCGGCCGAAGCAUUCCCACAAAGUGAUUCAACUUCCGCAGGAGGAGUUAUCAUUAUAACAGCUGAAAAACUUGUUUAUAUAUUUACUGGUAUUGUUGGAUUCGAGGAUAUUCUCAAGAAAAUUGGCAGCAAUUUGGAAGUAUCGAAGGGCACUAAAUCUGAACCUUCAGAUGUCAUAACUUCAAUAACAAGUUCGUUUAACAAUAGUCUAACAGUUAUUAGUUCAUCGAAUACUACUAGUCAGUUAGAUUUUUCAAGUGGAUCCGGAUGCUUCGCUAGUCGUUAUUCUUAUAAUAAUCCUUUCAGAUUAGAUAAUCCCGAUGCUGAAAAUAAACGGUUAGAUGAUUGGAAGGAAUAUUUUCAAGAGUAUGGUUCUGGUAUGUCAAUGUAUCGAAAUGAACGUCUUAAACACCUUGUUUUAAAUGGAUUACCUGAAGGAAAACGGGGAAGUUUAUGGAUGAUUUUAAGUGGAGCUGAAAAUGAGAUGUUUGCCAAUCCAGGAUAUUAUGAUAAAUUAAUCAACGGUGUUCAAGGUUGCAAUAAUUUUGUCAAUGAAGAAAUUGAACGCGAUUUACACCGUUCAUUCCCAGAACAUCCUGCGUAUCAUACACCAGAGGGUAUUCAGUCUCUUCGACGAGUUCUUACUGCGUAUGCUUAUCAUAAUCCUAAUGUUGGAUACUGUCAAUCAAUGAAUAUAGUAGCCAGUGUUUUAUUACUGUAUUGUACAGAAGAACAAUCAUUUUGGUUACUGACAGCAAUCUGUGAACGUUUACUACCUGAUUACUAUGAUAGUCGUGUUGCUGGUGUACGUGUUGAUCAACAAGUACUUCAUGCUUUAGUCAUUGAAUAUAUUCCUGAACUAAAAUCAGUUUUACAAAUUCCAGUACAAGAUAGUUUGAAAAAUAUUGUCACUUCUGAAUAUAAUAUCGAAUCAAUGGUUGGUGGUUUUUCAACAUCUUUCAAUCAUCAAUUUAUGUAUCAGUCAUUAGGCUCAGAGUUAAUUAGUAUGCUACCAUUAAGUUGGUUUUUGACGUUGUUUCUAAAUACUAUGUCCUUUCAUUGUGCUGUAUACGUUUUGGAUUUUUUCUUUUAUGGUGGAGCUCGUGUUAUUUUCCAAAUUGCUUUAGAUGUACUUCGUCAGCAUACAUCGUUUAUCAAGAAAUCUGUUGAACAAAAUGAUGACAGUAGUGUUUUAACUAAAUUGAAUGCAUAUUUUAAUAAAUUACGUCAUCAAGAUCAUACAUCAAAUGAAUCUAUAUAUAAUCUGUUAACUUCAGCUGAUCGGAAUUUUAAUAUUACAAAUGAACUUAUCGAUCGGAUGCGUUUACAAUAUAGACCUAAAGUAAUUCAAUCACUUAGUGAUUACACUUCUAAAGAAGUUGUAAGAAGUUUAGGUCGUGAAUUUCCUGGAGAUCUGAUCUUACUUUUUGAAUGUUACAGAGAUCAUUAUAUUCUUUCGAAAUAUGAGCGAAUCCAUCAAAUAGCACCAGCUAAAACUCAUAAUGAAACAAAUAAUCCAAAUCGUCCAGCGUAUGAUGUUCAUCGUAUUGACGCACGUCAAUUCAAUAGUCUAUUCCAGGGAUUAGUUCCAUGGGGUGCUGCAGCUCAACGUUUAGGCUCUCCAUGCUUUCAUCUGUUAGAUCAAGAUGAAGAUAAUCUAAUUAACUUUAAGAGUUUUGUUUGGUUAAUGGAAAGUAUAUGUGGUCAUGAUCUAAAUACAAAACUACGUUUAUUAUUCUUAUUACAUCGAUCCCCUUACUGGGUUACACUUGAACAAAGAAAUGAAUCCAAGUGGAAUAUACUAGGUGGUAUGCUGCCAUUCAACAAUAUUGAAAGUUGUAAAAAAGAUAGUAAUAAUUCUCUUUCUUGCGAUACAAGUAUUGACAGUUAUCAUAUCUGUUCCAAAUCAGAUUUCGAUACAGUAGAGAUAGGUACUGAUAUUAUUGCUGAGGAGUGUAUAGAACAACAGAAAACACCUGAUAAUAAAAAUGCUGAAGUUCCAAAAAGUCAUGUUUCCGAAUAUAAUUUAGAAAUCGCACAUAAGAAAGCCAAUGAAAUUCCAAUUGUUAUUCCAGAUCCUUUGGGUUUUAUCAGCAAUAAAUACAGUUCAAGAGAUAUAAGUGAACAGAUUUCACUGAAUUAUAAUCAGUUUCAAUGUUUAACAGAGACAAUACGAGUAAUCGUAGAAAGUGUAGACGAAGAUAAAGAAGAAAUGUUGGAUUCUGUGAAUUGUUUAUUCCUUGAAUUGUUCACACAAGAAUUACAAAAUGUUGAAUUAUCUCAUAAUUGUACUUCGAGCAGUCCAACUGACAAUGUUAGUGUGCAUAGCACGGAAUAUGACGACGGAUGUCCUAGUGUUGAAAGUAUGAUUCAGUCAUUUUGGAGGCUGAAAUUAUGUGAUUUCCAGAAAGCUUUCUGGAAACAAGUAUUGUUACGCAACCAUUUCUCCAAAGAACUAUCUAUUGAAAGACAAUGCUCCAAGUUUCGGGAAUGGCUUUAUUGUGGCUAAAAUUGUAUGUCCCUCAACUGCUUGAUUGCUUUGGUUCCCCUCUGUAUUCUAAAGUCUCAUUAUCAUUGUAUUUCAUCUCAUCACUUUCGUACAAUGAUGUUGAUUCUGUACAAAUUUAUAGAUGUCCUUUUCUGUCUUCUCAUAUUUUUGGUAAAGAAUUUAUUCACUCUGUAACUAUAAUUUCUAUUGUUUUUAGAUAGUAUCGUUGUAUAAUUUUGUGACUUCCUUGUUUUUUUUAAUCACUAUCCCUCCCCCUCCUCUCAUCCCGGUAAUAUUAAUCGUUCUAAAUGAUUUGAAUUUUUUUAUAAAUAAAAACCUUAUUUGGCAAAAAAUAAGUCUUUCUAAGAUAAAAUUAUUGUCUCUUUUAAUAAUAUUAAUAACAUACUUAAUGAUCACUUUAUAUUGUCACAGUAAGUGACGAUAUCUCAGUUCUUUUGUUUUCCUUAUUUUAACUGUUCAACAGAUGAUCUAAUUAACUCCCAUUAAUUUCCUUGUUAUUUGUUGCACUCUGCUUUUGUUGUUACAAGUGUUUUCUUUGCUGAUUUCUUUUUUAAUAAUAUCGUAAAUGUUAUGAAUUUUUCGAAUCUCACUCAGAAAUACUUUUAAAUAAAAUUGUUACAGUCGAGUUUUAUAUUUAUUAACUUGAUGGUUAGUAAGCGUAGGAUUCAGUUAGCCCUAAUCUUUCAUGUACUCAGGAGAUUGAUUUUAUUUCUUUGGGAAUUCAAUUAGACUUGGUGAAAAUGUUCAAUAUUGUCUUCCUUGCCAUUAACGUACACAAUAUUUUAUGCUCACUUUCAUCUGUUUUGUCACUUGCAGGCCAAAGCUGGGCAUGUAAUUGGUCCAUGAAUUCAUUGGCUGUCGAAAUGAACAGUACAAGAAGGUACGGCUCACCUCCUUAGGGUCCAAGGGACCAUUAGAACCAAUAACUGGCUGUUAUGUGGUAUAGCUCGAGAUUGGACGUAUUGGCGUCCAUGCACUCACACUUCCUCACUUUUCUAGUUAUUGAGUUUAAAAAUUAUUAUAUGCAUUUUCAAUUGCAUGAACUCAUCUGUUCUUAAUUACAUCCAUGGUUAGUACUUUCUGAUAAUGCUGUUAAUAAUUCGACUGCUCAAGGUUUCCCUCGUUAAUUUUACCUCAGUGCUAAUGGCAACACGAGUUGAUGCGCGAGUCAACGUCACUUAUGACUAACUGAAAAAGCAAUACUAUCAAAGGAUUGUAGUGGCCUACUUUUAUGACGAGAACGCGGUUGGUGUAAUGGAAACAAUUAUUAUAAUCAAUUGUACCAGUGAUUGUUUAACUGUACUAGACGCAUUUUUCCUUCCCUUGUCCAAUUUGCUUGUACAAAUGAGCUUACGCUCCGCCGUUUUGCCUGUAAUCUUUGGCAUGUCUCGGUAUUAUUUCGAUACCACGAGAUCGCCAACAAAUAUAUCCUAUUUGAACCA